GGGUUCGGCUGGCGUUUUACGCACGAGGUUGUGUUUGGGUCUCCUUGGCCGGGGAGAGCUCGAGAAGAAAGUGCCAGCGUUGCAGAGAGAGAGAGGGAGCUCCAGGCCGGGUAGGUGAGAGACGAGCCCGGGGGUUGGUUGGGGCGUGUGUGUUUCGGCGCUUUGCAAAGUGGGAAGGGGCGCCGCGCCUCAGAGCACGUGCAGAGAGUGACUUCCCCGGGAGCAAAAACCGCCCCCGUUCAAAAGAAGGGCGUGGCCGGGGGGCAGCGCGGAGCCCUUGGCUUCCCCAGAUGUCGCGCCCGGCCUUUUCCCGUCUAGUAGAGGCGACGGAGAGCUGCGAAUCCGAGCGACUAAUGGACAAGUGAUGGCCCCAGCUCGAGAGAACUUCUGGGGUCACAGGAGUUAAUGAAGCCCCUGCAACAUGUUCAGUGUUGAGGACCUCCUCAUUUCUCAUGGAUACAAAUUGUCUAAAACUCCUGCCAGUUUGUAUGAGAACAGAUGCGAUGGAAAUCAGCAUGAACUGGCAGAGAGGAGGCCAGUUCAUGGAACACUAAAUGGAUUACCAACUAACUCUGGAGCCUAUGCUUGUGUGAAGAAAACUGCCACAAAAAGCCACCUGAAUGACAAUGAAAGUAGUUACAUCAGCCAAGGGCAGCAGCCUGGAUCUGUUUAUCAGAAGGACUUUCAAAGCUUGGCCAAUACUCAUGCUUCAGAAGGGAGGUUUUAUGACCAACCUCAGGUAGUUUCUUCAUUGCACCCAAAGACAGAUAAAGAUCUUGCCUACUGGAGAAGAAGAGGCCAAGAUUUUAGUUCACUGUUUGGCUAUACUGACAGAGGAGACUCUGAAAUGAAAGGAAUAGCAGCACCCCGUGUCUUAUAUGGGCAUGAUAAAGAUGGCCAAUGGGAGGUAGGAGGAGGGACAGAGAGAACGAGGCGAACUGGUUUGCAGGAGAAAUGGAACCCCCCUGGUGACUACAGAUGGCACAGUUUAAGAACAGAAGGCUGGAACCUGCCAACCAAGUUAGUGGGGCUCAUGUCUGAUGGCGACAGAGAGAGGUUGCUUCAAGAUCCAUACUCAGUCAGGCAUGGUGGAGAAGCUGCUGUUGCUUCCCGUAAUAAAGGGAAAUCUCAGUCUUUGCCAAGAGUUCUUUCACCAGAGAGCCUGAGGUAUGUUGAAAUGCCCUCCUUGGUGAACAAUCACUCGUUGAGUGGAACUAAAACAACAUCUCAUCCCAAAACUGGAUUGGCCCAGGGAACCUCCAAACACACUGAGCAGACAGCUCCUUUUCUUCCUUUGCCCAAGCCGAAGUACGGCCGACCGCUGAAACCUCCUUCAUAUGAACUUCAUUGGCAAACCAGGGGGAGGUUGGAAACACACUUGCUUCAGGAUGGCCAACAGAAAGAGGAAGCCACCUCUUAUUUGACCAAAGGUAACGAGCACAGUCAGGAUGGCUCUGCUCAGGACCCCAGUCUCGAGCCCCCUGGGUACAUCCCUCCCCCGUGUUACAAAUCUCCAGUUCAGCAAAGUACAAAUCAACGUUUACCCAACAAAGUGCCUGAGUACGACAUGUGCUUUAAUAACAGUUUGCAGCAUCCAGUGGAAAGAGCCAUCCUCAGUUAUCAGCCCUCUGGUAGUAAUGGUGGGACUAGAGACCAGCACUGUAAAAAUGAACAGAUUCCUCAUGACCAGAAAAGGCCUCGUAAGCAUGUGGAGAGCCACCUGUCCUCUGUCCAGUACAUUCCUUUUGAUGACCCUCGAAUCAGGCAUAUUAAAAUAGCACAUGCAGAUAGUUUCCAGGAGAGCAAAGUGGAUGGAGAUGCCAACAGAGAAAGUCCCUGUGCCUUCCAAGAGAGUGCUCUGGAACUUGAAUACAACAGUGCCUUUUUGGAUGUGUCAGACUCGCUCGCUAGUACUGCUGUGAAAUGCCACCAGGUCUCUGGUGGCUCUGUAAACGGUAGCAGAUGGCUAGCAGAGUCUAACAUAGAUCAAGACGAUUGUGCCUUACCCAUCCAAAGAGACUGUUAUGACGCAGGUAGUGACACAAGUCACCAGUAUUCCAAAAGCAGGCUGCUUGCACAGAGCCCCCCUGCAGAACUACCCCACGAGACGGUUACUAAAGUAAAAACAUUUGAACCUGGAACGGAGGUUCAGAGCAAGAGGAGUUCAAAGAAAAAAAUGAACGAGACUAUAUUUUGCUUGGUCUCUGUCCCAGUGAAAUCAGAACUCAACCUGCCAGAUACUGAUAGGAACAACAACUUAACACAGGGUGCCGUUGAGAAGAAUGGAUUUGAUAACAGCGGGGUUCUGCAGGAACAAAGUCUCCUAAGUACCUCUUCCACCGACUUGGAGCUCCAAGCCCUUACAGGAAACAUGACCAACAAGAACGAGCUACAAAAACAAGAAUCGUGGAGACCAGAGUUCAAACAAACGAAUGACCUCAGACUCUUGCAGACCACAAAACACAAGGAGCUGCAGUAUUCUGGCUCGUGGCCAAGUGACCACUACAAAGACCAGCAAACGCAGACCAGUUUCGCAGAAGAACCAAAACACUUGCAGCUUUCCCAUGACUUUGAGCCCACUGGACUAACUAAGGGACCAUCUUCUCUGCUGUUAAGAAAUGCGGUCUCCAUUACAGAACCAGUAAUGUCAACUGCGUUACCUGCUGAUGACAGGAAACAUUGGCAGGAUGCAUACAGGGUGAAAAGUGAAGGGUACCUUGACACCUCCAGCAGUAGGCUGGUUUCUAGGACUGCAGUAGUUGCUCCAAAGGCAUGCCAGAAGAACCCACCUUGUGCAUUGUGCUCAAGACUUCCCGGGGAAGACAGAGAAACCAGUUGUGUUCUCAGGGAGGAUGCCAGUGCCACCCGCAGUAGCAAGGAGCUGUUUGGGCAGUUCCUUCUGAAGCCUGUUGGACGACGCCCUUGGGAUGUGAUAAGCGAGCUGGAGAGUUUUAACAAGGAGCUUCAAGAGCAGGAAGAAAGUAAUGAAGAUGGUGUGGAAAAGGAGGACAAGCAGGAGAGGGGUGAGGAGAAGGGUGGAAGUCAAGAGAACGAGACCUGUAGAAUUGAGGGAAUGAGCCAGGACUGCAGACCCUCCACGCAGUCAGAGACUGAUAUGCUAGUUGCUCCUGUAUUUCAACAGGUCAGAGAGAAAAGCAAAGCAGAACAUUUUAAUCAGUCUGAAAGUUCGAGAGCCAGGGUCUUAGGUAAUGACUUUCGCGUUUAUGGUAGAUCGCAAAGCUGCUUGCAUGCGAAAGAGGUUGGUGAAUCAGUUAGGCCAGGAGAUGGGUAUGUUACUGCAGAACCAAGAAAAUGGGAAGUUGGGGGAAGGAUAAUGAAAGAGGCAGGUAGUCCCUGCCCAGUUAAAAAGGUUCUGUUGGAUAGUUACAGUGAUGGGAAUCAUGACAAUCCAUUCAAUGGAGUCAGCUUCAGCGAAACGGCCCACAUUAAAAACUACCGAGAUGAUGCAGUUCGUUUUGAUAGGAUUACGAAUAAUGUUGUGCCCUGGAAUAACCUAGCUUUCGAGAGAGGGUCUGGAGUGCGUUUGUCUCUAACAAACAGGACUCACGGUCUGUCCGAGCCAGAUUUGAGAUCUGUGGGGCUUGAAAAUGGCCAUGCACCUGGUGCAAUGGAGCUUGAUUAUGGGAAACCUGAAGUCACAGAGAUUCCCUCAAAUGAGUCACUUCAGGAAAGAGCAGCCAGGAUUUUGGGUAUAGAUGUAGCUGUGGAGUCACUUGUGCCCAGUAGCAGGGCGCUUCAGGAAGAACAUUUUGACUCUGAUAGUGUUCUUCAGGGCCUUGAGUUGUCAGCAGAGAGGGCACUGGGUAGGAAGAGGGAGGCGGAGACCACCUCUUAUGAGGGAAGGAGGAAGUGCGGCUGGAUGGAAAGCUCCCUUUUUGUUGGAGACAAAAACGUCUUGUUGGAUUCCAUGGAAGACCAGAAAUCUGACCAAGAAGCUGCAUUAGAGAAACAGCAUUGUGAACCUCACAGAGGCCUUGACAGGCAAGGAGAAGACCAAAACCCCCCUCCCGACUCAGUUGCACUUCCAUUUUGUGAAAGAAACUCAGUCCUAUCAGGUGUGGAAAAAAGAGUCAGAAGCACUUCCAAAGUGAUCGAGACCUUGCAAGGUAAGCUUGCAUCUCCGCCUAGUCGAGCUGGCAUGGAUCGCUUGGUGAGGAUGAAGGAAGUGGACUCAGUUUCUCGCAUGAGGCGUCUGAGCAUCAAAAAUGCAGAUUCUGUUGAAGAUGGAGAUGAAGAUAAGCAGGUGAGGAAGGUGGAAGAAAGAGGAAACGGCACCUCCUUGGGUAGUAAUGAACUGGCUCGCAAGAUGUCCCAUGGAAGUUCUGUCUCCAAGCGCAUAAUCUCACUGGCUGAAAAUGGACUCUCGGACAACAUAAGCGACAGGAAGACAGGAAGAGAUUUGUUUUGUUUAGAUGCAUAUGAUCCCACCAGAGUGGAAAGGGUGUGAUGCGAAAGACUGGCACAAGAGAUUUCCACCCUCCAUGGAGUAUUUUUGCUGGUUUCCAUCUUAUGGGAAUUGCUUUCAGCUUGAAUGCUCUUGGGUGUACUGAAAAAGCCAGAGGACAAAUAAGUGCUUCUUAUUCCCACUGCUUUAUGGAGCUUGCAUAGAAGAGAAGGGAGAAAAAUGUUUAAAAAUCCUCCCAUUUUGAGACCAUCUGUCUGGGUUUUUUUUUUAUUAUUAAGACUUAAUGCCUCUACUUGGCAUGGAUUGGUCAUUUUAACAUUGUUCAGCUAGGCCGGUAAACAGGAUGGGGGGGCGGGUUUGGCUUAUUUCUCUGUGUGAAGUAUAAACAGAGGAGAUUAGCAAAAUGAUUUUUGAAAGAAUGUGAAUUUUCUAAGCUAACCAUCUGAACCUCUGAACUCUGAGCUUUGUUUAACACUGACUGUAAGCAGCCUGCAGUGCUGCUGAUCUUUCAGCUCAAGCAAAGGCACGCCAGUGGGUAAGAUGAUGGAUUGGAAAAUCAACUGGAAAAAGGGCCAGUGAUUUAAGUUUCUUGCUUGCCAUUUGCAAGGAACAUAAAAGCUUCAGCUCCAGCAGGAAAAAGGCCAUGCCGUUAUACUAAUUAUCAUUGAGACAGACUCUGCUAUGGACUGGCUGUUUCCAAACAAUCCUGAUGUCAUCCUGCCUCCUUUUUUUGCACUGAGUAAUGUGUUGGUUCUGUCCCCCUCCACACACAUUUCCGUUUCAUAACUACAAAUUCCUUAUGUGACCAAAUUGCUCAUUUCACAGAGUGGAACAGAACAAAUCUCUCUCUUUUUUGUGUACAAUGGGAUCUAUUUUUAUACUGCGUAAGCAAUUGUUAACCAUUGACCGAGUUGAACGAUGUAUCUUGCCUAUUUUUAAGCAGCAGUGGCUUUCAGAAGCGGAAGGGUUCACAGGCACACCUGCAUGCACAUUCCACAUCCUUCUAUUAACGACUGCCACUUUCUGUCACUGUAUGGAAGAAGUAUGCAUGUGCGCAUACACGUGGGUGUAACCAUAUAAAUCUCUUUCUCUAAAAAUGUCUAUGUAUUUACACAGAUUUUUGUUCUCUUGGUUGGAUCACUGCUUUUCAGGUAGGAACACAGCUGAAAACAAUCUGGCAUAGUCUUCCAGCCAGAACAUUCCACAGACUAGAAUUACACAUACACACACACACAAAAAGAGCAGGUGUGGAUGAUCGGUUGUGCCCAAAGCCCCUGGAAGGGCUUCAUUUGUGGUGGUGCAAGUAAUGACUUGCAGCAGUGCAAAUUUGUCAAGAGAACAGGAGACCCAGUUGGUUGCCUCUUCCCCAGUUCUCCAGGCGGCUGUGUCCCAUCUCUUGCUACUAGUUCUACACCUGCCUUUCAUGGUACUCCCAGCACAUAAGAGCACAUCCCCCCUGCCCUUGGUGACUUGGUAGCUUUUGGCUGGCAUUUUGAUUGCUGUGCAAGGGCGGAGGGGUCCACCGGUCCCAGGUCCUGGGGUCUUAGGUGCAGCAGAAGUGGUCAUGUGUCCACAUUGGGAACUCAGCAGCUUAUAGGAUUGGGCUGUUGCUCUAUUGGUUUUUGCAGUACACUAAUUUGUUUUAAAACUAGGAUUCCAUGUCUGAUCCACUCCUGCAGCCAUACAGAGAAGAAGCCAUAUCACCUUUUUAAAAAACAAAAACUACUUUUUCAAAAGUAUUCCAAGUGUAUAGAAAACUGUAUAUUCUUUUAGAUUUAUACCAUUUUAGUGUGCACCACACUUAUUUAUAUAGAUCUUUUAAUGUCUGUGCUUCUGUGUUUUGUUUGCUAACACCCAUCUGAACAUCUAUUUGUGUCUGCUUAUAUUGGCCUUUUUAAAUGUUUAGUUCUCUUCUCUAAAGCCAUGUUUAUCUGUAAACCAUUUCAAGUUUCCUUUAUUAUUGCAGUGGUCCCACAAUUUGGCCAAAUAUUAAACUAUCCACCUAAUGUGCUUUUGGCAGCCAUAACUGCUUAUAUGUAACACGUGAUUCUAUUACAUAGAAUCUUUAUUAAGUAUUUAAAGUUUGUCAUAUGUUAAAAUAAAGCUGUAUGGCUUGCUUUAUCGGAA